AGUAGGUGACAGCUAUCACAUCAAAAGCAUAGCGUUUGUGCACUAGACUGUAACAUUAUUGUGAGUCUCUAUCAAUGACAUUGGAAUAGUACUAGCAAUUCGCUCAACUGUGAACCAUUCAUUGAAAGUAUUAGUUUUACGUUCUUAUUUUAACAUUUUGAGAAGAAACUGAACAAUAGCCAACAUGUCGAGCGUUGGYUCAAGGACUGGACUAACGGGAUAUCCCAAUGGCCGACUGCAYAGCCCCUCAUGUACUGACGAAUUCGACUAUCCUACUGAAAGUCAUCCUCUGCAUCCAUACCCGCGUCGUCCUUCAUCUUAUGAAGAAAUGAGCGGAUCCGGCGAGUACACACCWGAAGGACAKCAUCAUCAGUACGAAGAUCCGAGGCUUCUUGCUCGUCAAAUAAGAGAAGGUCCACCUCCUUGUAAAAGUGAGAUYACCGUGAAACCGCGAAAAAAGACAAAUGAACUAUAUGAACGUUGUCGURCCGACAGCAAUGGAUCCGAAAACUCRACCGGCAGAAGAGUUUGCUGUCGAGAUGCGAUGUGUUUCUUGGUAUCUUUGUCGUUUAUYAUGGCGGUUGGUGCCUUGGCUCUYGUAAUUCUGGUCAUUCUUGGUCAUCUAGUCACUGUAAAAUGCGGAAAAUGUUUGGAUGAAGUUGACCCCAAUAUGCCGGUAUCAGGCGCCAGUACGAUGAACGCCCAUACAGAAAGAAUGCUGAAAAUGAUAAGAGAACUACAAGUGAACCUAACAUCGUUAAAUAGAAUUGUUCACCAGAGAGAAAGAGUCAUAAAAGAACUAUUAGAAAAAGAAAAAGYACAUGGUCAAAGGCUCGUCGAGCUCUCUCACAAACCGACAACAUUAGUUAUCAGAAAUGCAAAGUACAACAUGACUAAACUACGUGGCSCUCGCGGUCCGCAAGGUCCAAAAGGAUUACCCGGACCUCCGGGAAAAGACGGAAAGCCGGGAAGUGGUAACAUUUCAGCUUGUGUGUAUAAAAUGGGCCAGACCAAAUUCGCUCCCUCUGCAGGUUCAGGUCACGAUGUCUUUGUAWWUGAGCCAAAGGGAUGGUUAAUUAUCAGUGCAACAUGCUCAACUGAAGGCGCUUUGGAGAGCAACUUGGUUCGAUAUAAKCGUGCGCAAGUUGUGCAGUAUMAAUGCCAAUGURGAGGAAAGUCAACAGUGAAAAGAACAGGGUCUGCCACCUGCAACAUACAUUACUGGCAAUGUCCUAGAUUGACUUAAAACAUCAGAUAUUCUAUGAAUAAUUUAAUUUUUAAGAAGUCAAGAUUCAUUUAUUUUUAUCAGUAAUUGUGUAAUAGAAAAAUCAAAGGUCAUUCCAAGGUAUGUACUUCUAGACAUAAUGUUGAUCAACUGCCAACCCUUUUAUCAACACAUCUUUGUUCUGUAAAUAUUAACUCAGUAUUAGGACUUUAUCCAGUUGUUGGAAUUGUGAUAGUUUACUUUGCUGAAAUUCUUUCAAAAAUAGAACAAUUGGUUCAGUUGAUCGUUUUAUCUUAUCGCUAAACAACACAGUUAAUGGUGAUGUUAGGUUUAGUGAAAUGAAAUCGAUUUUGAUGUAUCAUGUURUAUAUUAGAAUGAAAUCAUAUUAAUAAAUUUUGAAAUGCAACUAAA